AUGGCUUCCACUUCCACUUCAUUCCCGUUAACCACCGCGCCACCGCAGGGUGCAAGGUUCAACCGGAGAAAACCGGGUUUAACCGUGUUGGCCGCCAAACAGACGGGUUUCCAGCUGGGGAAACCCAAAGGCGAUGACUCGGAGGGCAAGCAAACCGCAAAAUCGACAGAUUCGAACCCAUUCCGGUUCGAUUUCGGUAAGUUACCGGACAUGAAGUCGUUGAUGCCGGUUGUGACGAACCCUUCGACCGGUUUAGCGUUUGGUAACACCAGAAGAAAAGAUCCCGGUACGGUUUUCGUGGCCGGUGCUACGGGACAAGCCGGUAUACGCAUAGCUCAAACACUCCUGCAACGAGGAUUCAGCGUCCGAGCCGGCGUUCCUGAUCUCGGAGCCGCUCAGGACCUCGCUCGUGUCGCGGCUACUUACAAGAUUCUAUCAAAGGAGGAGGUCAAAAGGCUAAACGCAGUGCAAUCUCCGUUCCAAGACGCCGAAUCAAUCGCCAAAGCGAUUGGAAACGCGACCAAAGUUGUGGUUACGGUUGGGGCGACAGAGAACGGCCCGGACGCCCAAGUCUCGACCUCAGACGCGCUACUCGUGGUCCAAGCGGCCGAGCUCGCCGGCGUAAGCCACGUGGCAAUCGUAUACGACGGGAGCGUCAACGGAUCCACGUACAACGUGCUCGACGGGAUCACAUCGUUUUUCAGCAACCUUUUCUCUCAGUCUCAGCCGUUGACUAUCUCUGACCUUAUCGAGAAAGUGGCACAAACUGACGUCGCUUACACGCUCAUAAAGACUAGCCUGACGGAGGAUUUCUCACCGGAGAUAUCUUAUAACGUGGUCGUUUCAGCUGAAGGCAGCAACAACAGCAAUGGCAGUAGUUCGUCCGAGGCCUACAAAGUCCCAAAGUUGAAGAUUGCGUCGCUUGUUGCAGACAUUUUCGCUAACACGGCAGUGGCAGAAAAUAAGGUGGUGGAAGUCUCUACAGACCCAUCAGCACCGUUGCGGCCAUUAGACGAGCUUUUCAGUGCAAUCCCGGAAGAUGGGAGGAGGAAAGUAUACGCAGAUGGGAUCGCAAGGGCAAGAGCGGAGGAAGAGGCGAAAGCGGCUGCUGAUAAAGCCAGAGAGGCAGCGGAAGAAGCGAAAGAGUUUGAGAAGCAAAUGCAGAAGCUCUCUGAGAAAGAAGCAGAAGCUGCUAGCUUAGCUGAGGAUGCGCAGCAGAAAGCAGAUGCUGUAGGAAUCUCAGUGGACGGUCUGUUUAACAAGGCUAAAGAUAUCGGCUCGGGUCUAUCCUGGAACAAACUCGGCUCUCAGUUCGCUACCGCGGUUCAGAAUGCUUCAGAGACGGUUCAGAACGCUUCAGAGACUCCUAAAGUGCAGGUUGCUACGGUCAGAGGACAGGCCAAGGCGAGAAACUUGCCACCCAAGAAAGCAGUGGUGAAACAGAGGAGCGUAAACGCUAAACCUGCGGCUGCUGCGUUUGCGUCCAAACAGAAGGAAGAGCGUGGGAAGAAGCCAGAGAAAGAGGUGAGGAAACUGUUCGGAGGACUGUUUAAGCAGGAGACCAUCUACAUGGACGAAGAUUGA